GUUGUAUGGUUUAUAUUUGGUGCCAAUGCUGCUUGUUUGUCAUUACUUUUAAUCCCACGAGUUCGCUUUGCCCAUAUUCAAACCAAUGAAUUGGCUGGUAAGGCUUUGUUUCCAUUAAAGCUCCUGGAUGUUUUUAGCUUAGCUCUUGAAUAGGCCUCUUCAAGCUUAGAACAUACCCAAUUACAUAGAAAGGAUGUGCCGCUUCUUGUUACAGUUCUAUUUGCUGAUACUGUUUUUUUCUCAUAAAACAUGCCAGAAGGCUAAUGCUCUCAACUAUCCUCCUUUCCUUAUCGAAGAAGCAACCAUUCCACAAAUUCAAUCAGAAUUCAAGGCAGGCAGGCUUAACUCCACAAGCCUUGUACAAUUCUAUCUCAACCACAUUCAGAAACUUAACCCACAACUUCAUGCUGUUAUUGAAGUGAACCCUGAUGCUUUCCUGCUGGCUGAAAAAGCAGAUGCAGAAAAGCUAAGUACAGGACUGCUUCUUGGUGAUCUCCAUGGAAUCCCUAUACUAAUCAAGGACAACAUUGCUUCCAAGGAUAAGCUCAAUACCACCGCAGGGUCGUUUGCUCUUUUGGGAUCGAAGGUCCCAAGAGAUGCAGGUGUUGUACGGAAGCUCAAGAAGGCAGGAGCUAUAAUACUGGGCAAGGCUAGCUUGAGUGAAUGGGCAGGUGCCAGGUCUCUCAAUAUACCCAAAGGAUGGUGCGCUAGAGGAGGUCAAACGAAGAAUCCUUAUCUGCUUACAGCUGAUCCAUGUGGGUCAAGCACUGGAUCAGCAGUUGGAGUGUCAACAAAUAUGGUAGCAAUGUCAUUGGGCACAGACACAGCUGGUUCAAUUCUCUGCCCGUCUAGUGCCAACAGUGUUGUGGGAAUAAGGCCUACAGUUGGACUUACAAGCAGGGCCGGAGUCAUUCCCGUUUCACACACACAAGAUACUGUGGGACCAAUUUGCAGAACAGUAACAGAUGCAGUUUACCUGUUAGAUGUGAUUGUUGGGUAUGAUGUUUAUGAUCACAAAGCUACAAGAAGUGCAGCUCAGUUUAUUCCAAAAGGAGGAUAUAAGCAAUUCCUCAAGACAGAAGGGCUGCAGGGAAAGAGGCUGGGUAUUGUUCGAAACCCAGAUUUGUCACCAGGAUCUGCUGAAGCAAUAUCCUUUGAGAAGCAUCUAGCAACUAUGAGGAAGAAAGGGGCAAUUUUAGUGGAAAAUCACAUGUUCAGUAAAUUUUUGAAUUUAAGCACCGAUGAUGAGCAAAUUGUUCUAAAAUACGAGUUUAAACAUGAUGUGAACAUCUACCUUUCAAGGCUCCUGCAAUCUCCCGUUCGCACAUUAGCGGACAUCAUCUCCUUCAAUACACAACAUGCUAUGGAGGAAAAACUUUUUGAGUAUGGACAAGGGAAAUUUAUUCAGUCCCAGAAUACAUCUGGUUUGAAAGCACAGGAAUAUAAAAAAGCCCUAGAGACAGAUCGCAUGCUAACAAAAACUGGAAUUGAUAGGGCAUUAAAAAGCUAUAAACUACAUGCCCUCGUGUCCAUAGAUAUUCAGAUUAAAAGUGUUCUAGCCAUUGCAGGAUAUCCUGGUAUCAGUGUGCCUGCAGGUUAUAAUACAAGCGGGGUUCCCUUUGGCAUUUUUUUUGCAGGAGGAAGAGGCUCAGAGCCCACUCUCAUUGAGAUUGCCUAUUCUUUUGAACAAGCAACCAAAGUAAGGAAGGUGCCUUCAUUGAGCAGAUAGAGAAAAUAAUGAGUAUUUUUUCUUCAGAAGAUAUGGCAAAAUCCUUCCAUCCACAAAGAUGUCCUAACUUCUCUGGCCACAUUACCAUUCCUAAUGGUUGCUAAACAUAGAUUACAUAUGUUGGAAGUCUACAUUGAGUAAGUUAGUCUAGUUUGGCAGAAACUCAAUUGCAAUGUUUAGGUGCACCUUGUAUUUUAUAAUAUUACUCACUCAUAUUUGAGGCUUUAUGUAUCAUUGAAAUCCAUGUGAGAACCAGCUGAGAAUCGAAUAUGUCAUAUCUGGGAUUUUUCUUCUACAUACAAACUACUAAAAUUUCAAGUAAAAGCACUAUCUGGUCAUCUGA